GCUAAUUACUUUAAGGAAUGAAUUAAACAAUCCUCUUAGAAGGUGGACCCUCAACCACCCAGAGUGAAAUUAAAACAAUGCAGCAGGCAGAACUUGUACCGUGUAGACAAGAUGUUACUAUCUUUAUUUAUAAUGACACACAGCUAUUUUGGAAAAGAGUCGGGUGAGAUAUGUCAGCUGUUUGGAAUUAGCCUUUGGGAAAGCUGGAAAAAAAGAAAAACGCUUUCAGCUGCCCGUCUGCCAAGGGAAACGGGGAUAGCACACUGACCUGGGCAUGCUAGACUUUGGUCAAAGUUUGUUGGCUAAUCCUGGAGGAAUUUACGUGAAAAAAGAAAAGCAAACUUUGAUGUCUUCUGGUAUUUUUGUCACCAGCUUCAAAAAGAUCUAGUGAUGAUGAAAAGUGCCUUUUGUGGAGUUUAAUUUGAGGAAAAUGUCACUAAUGGUGGGGAGAACAGAAGAUUGUCCGGUUAUUCCUCAUAAGUCCGAGUUCAGCCGCAGCUGCUGACCAUUCCUAAAGGAUUGUGAGUGCACAACAUCCUAAACAUGGCAUUGAACAGAAUUCAAUUGGUCAAGGGCAUAGAGGAUGUGACACUGUGUGAGAAAGAAGCAUGUACAUUUGAAGUGGUCCUGAGUCAUGCAUACAUCCCGGGUCAGUGGACGAAAGAUGGUGUCCCUUUUAAGUCAAAGCCUGUGUGUCGAAUUGCAACUCGGGGCAAAACACACACUCUCACGCUGACAAGGGUCACAACCGCUGACACGGGCCUCAUCAGUUUCAUAGCUGAAGGGAUCGAAACCUCGGCUUUGCUCACGGUCACAGCCAGAGAUAUAAAGAUUGUGAAGUAUCUUGAAAAUGCCAGUGUGACCGAGAAGGAGAGUGUGACGUUUGUCUGUGAAGUCAACUGGGAGGAUGUGGAUGGAAAGUGGUACAAAGAUGACAGCCGGCUGAGAGCUGUAGACAACAUUAAAAUAAAAUGCGAUGGUAAAAUGCAUUCUCUAACAUUUAAAUCAGUAAAGCCAGAAGAUGCUGGUGAGAUCACAUUCACUGCAGAGAGGGUCUCCUCAACAGCGACCCUACGAGUUAAAGAACUUCCAGUUCAGUUUGUGAGGCCUCUGAGGGUGAAGAUCGGCAUGUACAAACACCGUGCCUUGCUGGAGUGUCAGGUCUCACGUGCCAACGCUGUGGUCAAAUGGUACAAACGGAAUCUUGAAAUUGUGCAGAAUAGAAAGUACCAAACUGUCAAUGAUGGUCUGUACAGACAGCUUAUCAUAGAGGAUGUGGGAUCAUCAGAUGAAGACACUUUUAUCUGUGAUGCUGUGGAUGAGAGCACAUCUUGUCAGCUGUUCGUAGAGGAGCAGGCCAUCAGCAUUUUGAAAGGACUUAGUUCUGUGGAGGUCAUGGAACCUAAAGAGGCUCGUUUUAAAGUGGAAACCAGUAUUAAAUUAGUGAGGGCACCAAAAUGGACCCUGAAUGGGAGGCUACUAAGUCCCUGUCCGGAAAUCAGAAUUGAGAGGGAAGGAACCUCAAAUAAACUCAUUUUCGCUAAAACCGACAGUAGUAUGUGUGGCAUUGUGCAGUUCAUCUCGGGAAAGAGCAAGUCAGAAGCUCAACUCACAGUGACAGAGCGCCCCUUGAUUGUCACACAGCCCAUUUCAGACGUGGAGGUGAAAGAGAAUGGGCAAGUUACGCUCAGCUGUGAAUUCUGUCCAUCUCCAAGAGUGGUACGCUGGUUUAAGGGAAGAACCCUCUUGUUUGGUUCAAAUAAGUACGCAAUGAAGCGGGAGAAGAACGGGGUUGAGAUGACCAUCUUGGGUGUGAAAGCAACCGAUUCAGGAGAGUAUCGUUGUGUGGCUGGGGGUUCAGAGACAAGAGGAAGAAUCAACGUGGAAGUUAAAAGGUUGAAAAUCAUAAGACACAUGGAACAAGCUGAAGUUGAGGAGGAUGGAACUGCAGUGUUCACCUGUGAACUAAAUCAUGAGUCUCCCGGUGUCCAAUGGCUUCUCAAUGACAGAGUGCAACACACCAAUUACAUCAACAAGAUCCAGAAUUCUGGAAAGGUUUACAGUCUGAUUCUAAAACGACUCGCCUCUCAGGAGAGCCGUGUAACGUUCAAAGCCUUUGAUGUCAGCGAGACUGCAUUUCUCAGGGUCAAAGAGAGGCCCGCAGUGUUCCUUAGAUCUUUAGAAGAUGUAACCGGUGAGGAGCGUGGUGAAAUUCAUCUGCAGUGUGAGGUCUCCAAGCAGUCUGUAUUACCUAUCUGGAGGAAAGAUGGUGAAGUUAUAAAUGCCAGUGAGAAGUAUGAGAUUCUCCACGCAGGCAAGUCAUUGACUCUUAUCGUCCGCAAGCUGAGAAAGGAUGACGGAGGGGAGUACACCUGUGAUAUUGGCUCCAGUCAAACCAAAGCUAAAGUCAUAGUUCGUGAUCUUCAUAUUAGCAUUGUUAAGCGGAUAAGGACGACAACUGUUCUGGAAGGAGAAAACUGCCAUUUUGAAUGUAUCCUGUCCCAUGAUAUUAUUGAUGAAGCAUCGUGGUUCAUGAAUGGCCAACCGAUUGUGACUAAUGGACGAAUCAUAGUCACAAGCAAUGGCCGUAAAUAUUCAAUGAGCAUACAGGAAGUGAUAAUAUCUGAAGCUGGGGAGGUAGUCUUUAUCAUCAAAGAUCUCAGUUGCAGAACUAUGCUGUUUGUCAAAGAGAAGCCUGUGAGAGUGUUUAGAGAUAUGCUGAAUGUGAAAGCAACACCUGGUGAACAUGCAGAGCUUAGCUGUGAGAUCACCAAACCUGACACGGCGGUUAAAUGGUUGAAAAAUGGGCGAUUGAUUCGAGCUAGCCCAAAAUAUGAAAUAACCCAGAAGGAUUAUCUGGUGAAGAUGAUCGUCCAUAAUGCAGCCAUAAUGGACUCAGGAUAGUACUGCUGUGAGGCUGAUGGGAUUGCUACAAGAGCGAGAUUAGAUGUUAGAGAUGUGCAACACGCAUUCGCAAAGGAGCUGAAGGAUGUACGUGCAGAGGAAAAGAGCAUGGUGACCAUGGAGUGCGAAACCAGGAAGCCCCCCAAAACCGUCACCUGGUUUAAAGGCCUGAUGGUGCUCAGCUAUGGACAAAAGUACCUUAUAAAAAGGAAAGAUGUUGUUCUCUCUCUCACCAUCUAUAAUCUGGAGAAGAGUGACAGUGCUGUCUAUACCUGUGAUGUUGGGACAAUGCAGAGCAGAGCUUUGCUCACAAUUCAAGGGCAAAAAGUGAUCAUUCUUGAUGAACUGGAAGAUAAAGAGUGUCUAGAAGGAGAUACCAUCGUUUUCAAGUGUCGUAUCUGCCCGAGCGACUACGCUGAUGUUAAGUGGUACCUGGAUGAGACUUUGCUCUACACUAAUGAUCUCAAUGAGAUCAAGAUGAUACAUGGUGGAUACCACACUCUCAUCUUCAAGCAGCUUGCUCGCAAAGACACCGGCACCAUCUCUUUUGCGGCUGGGGACAAAAAAACAUAUGCAUCACUGUUAGUCAGAGAGAGACGCCCCACAAUAACUAAAGCAUUGGAGGACACAGAGGCGAUUGAAGGAGGGAGUGUAGUGAUGUUGUGCAAGACCUCAAAGCCGUGCCACAUUGUAUGGUACAAGGACAGCUGUUUAAUCUGGAAUUCUUCAAAGAAUGUAGUGACUCGAUCUGGAAAUGAGACCAGGCUUACCAUUCAUGAUGUGACAGAUAGUGACGCCGGGGUGUACGAGUGUGAUGCGAGAUCUGUCAGCACUAAAGCCACUGUGACUGUUAAAACUGUCCCAGCUGAGUUUAUAAAACCUCUUCAGAAUCAGGAGGUCAAAGAGGGAGAGAGCGUCACGUUGACGUGUGAGUACUCUAUACCUGGUGUCCAUUUUGUGUGGCGAAAAGGAGCAGAGACACUAAAGCCAAGCGAGAAGUAUCACGUGAAGCAGAGGAAAUCUUACAUCUCUCUUACAAUACACAAUCUAAUACCAGAUGACUCUGGGAAUUACAUAUGCAUUUGCAGAGACCAAAGAACGAUGGCUGCUGUUACAGUCAAUGCGGUUCCUAUUUCGUUUAUCAAAGAGCUAAAGAACCAAGAGAUGGUGGAGGGUAAAAUUGUACUAUUACGAUGUGAGCUUUCUAAAGCUGGGAACCCGGUGGAGUGGUUGAAAGAGGAGGAAAUCCUCUGGCCUGGAGAGAAAUAUCAAAUGAGGCAUAUAGUUACCAUACUGGAGCUGAUCAUCAGAAAUCCAGUGCCGGAGGACAGCGGGACUUACUGUUGUGCUUGUCAGGAUCAGAGUACCAAAGCCAUUGUGACAAUACGAGCUCAACCCAUCACAUUUAAACAGAAGUUAAGAAAUCAAAUGGCCGAGGAGGGAAACAGUAUAAUAUUACAUUGUGAGAUAUCAAAACCGGCCACCUCUGUUGAAUGGAGAAAAGGGAAUAACUUGCUUAAGUCUGGAGAGAAAUACCAGAUCAGACAGCGGGGCUCUGUGUUAGAGCUAAAAAUCUUUCAUUUGACACAAGACGAUAGUGGAGUGUACAGCUGCACCUGUGGAGGUGCCCAGACAUCUGCCAACAUCACUGUCAGUGCUCAACUUGUCACCUUCAAAGAGAAGCUAAAAAAUGUGGUAGCAGAGGAAGGUAAGACAGUAACACUGCAUUGUGAGCUUUCAAAAGGUGGUGUCCCCGUAGAAUGGUGGAAUGGAGAUGAACUGCUCCAGCCAGGAGAAAAGUAUCAGAUGAAAGAAAGGGACGCAUCGGUUGAGCUUAUCAUCCGUGAGGCCACACCUGAAGACAGUGGAGUCUACCGAUGCGUCUGUGGACAGCAGAAGACUAAAGCUACGAUUAAAAUAGUUGGUGUUCCUGCAACAUUUAAGCAAAACCUCAAGAACCAAGAAGCUUCAGAAGGGGAAUCAUUUACUCUACGAUGUGAGCUCUCCAAAGCCGGAGUACCUGUUGAAUGGUGGAAAAGAGAUAAACAGAUACUUCCAGGUCCACGGUACACGAUGAGGCUGGAUGGAAAGAAUGCUGAGUUGGAAAUAUCCAACGUUUUCCCUGAAGAUGCUGGGAUAUACAGCUGUGUUACUGGAGACCAGAAGACCAAAGCUGAAGUGAAAGUCAAAGCUCGUCCGGUUACCUUCAAACGAGAGCUUCAUAACCAGGUGUCUACAGAAGGGAUGAAUGCAGUAUUUACCUGUGAGCUUUCAAAACCUGGUGCCCCGGUGGAAUGGAGGAAAGGUAGAGUGAUUCUGAAACCUGGAGACAAAUAUCAGAUGAAGCUGGAGGGACGAUUAACCAAACUGGUGAUUAAUAACCUUGUGGAGGCUGAUGCAGGAAGCUACAGCUGCAAAAGCAAAGAUUCGCUGUCGACAGCCGAGCUGACGGUUCAAGGACUCCCUGCUACAUUCAAACAAACUCUGAAGAACCAGGAUGCUCAGGAGGGAAACAGCGUCACUUUGCUUUGUGAACUUUCCAAGGCUGGUGUUCGAGUAGAAUGGUGGAAAGGAGGAGAAAUGCUCAAGACUGGAGAAAAAUAUCAGCUGAGGCACAAAGAAUCGACAGCGGAGUUGCUAAUAAGGAAGGUACAAGCGGAAGAUAGUGGAGUUUAUCGGUGUGUAUGUGGAGAUCAAAUGACAGAAGCCACCAUCAAAGUUAAUGCUCUCCCGAUCACAUUCAAACAAGAACUUAAGAAUCAAGAGGGCGAAGAAGGAAACAACGUGACGUUGCGUUGCGAGCUCUCGAAGGUCUGUGCUGAUGUGAAUUGGUUCAAGGGAGAUGAACUCCUAAACCCUGGAGAGAAGUAUCAGAUAAGACAACUGGCAAUGAAAGUGGAGCUUGUCAUCCGAAAAGCAGUCCCUGAAGACAGCGGGGUCUACUUUUGCAAAUGCCCCAGUCUGACAUCCGAAGCUUCGGUUAAAAUCAACGCUCUCCCAAUCACGUUCAGACAAAACCUAAGAAACCAGGAAGUGGUGGAGGGUAACACUGUUUCGCUGCGAUGUGAGCUUUCCAAACCGGGUGCUAUGGUUAGGUGGUGGAAAGGUAAAGAGGAGCUGAUACCGGGAGAGAGGUACCAGAUGAGGGCGGAGGGUAGAAUCGCUGAAUUGCUCAUCAAGAAUGUGAAUACUGAAGAUGUUGGGUUAUACAGCUGCACCACCGGAUGUGAAAAGACAACAGCUGAGGUCAAAGUCAAGGCUCUACCUGUGACCUUUAAACGAGAACUCCAAAACGAAGUAACAAAGGAAGGUGGUCAAGCUGUGCUUAGCUGUGAGCUUUCUAAACCCAACGCUCAAGUCGACUGGAGGAAAGGAAGAGUUAUUCUCAAGCCCGAUGAGAAGUAUGAAAUGAAGCAAGAGGGAAGAAUCGUCAAACUUCUCAUACAUAAUGUGGAAGCAAGUGAUGCUGGGAACUAUUCGUGUAAAACCAAGGAUUCAGAGUCGACUGCUGAACUAACUGUUAAGGUUCCACCCAUCACCUUUAAAGUAAAGUUGAAAAACCAGGAAGUUGAGGAAGAGAACAUGCUCGCGUUGCACUGUGAGCUCUCAAAAGCCGGCUGUCCUGUCGAAUGGAGAAAAGGAGAAGAGCUUCUUGGGUCCGGGUGUAAGUAUCAGAUUAGAGAAUAUGAUGUUACGAGGGAGCUGAUCAUCAUGAAAGCCAUGCCUGAAGACAGUGGAGUCUACAGUUGUAUCUGUGGAGAGCAGAAGACGAAAGCAACAAUCAAAGUCUUUGCCAUGCCGGUAACGUUCAAACAAAACCUGAAGAACCAAGAAGCUCCAGAAGGAGGUGUUGUUGUCAUGCAUUGUGAACUAUCCAAAGCUGGAGUGCCGGUAAUGUGGUGGAGAGGAGAUGAGGAGAUCAGCAAUGGGGCUAAAUAUCAGAUCAAGCAGGAAGGAUUGGUCGCAGAGUUACACAUCAAGAACGUCCUUCCGAUGGAUGUUGGGGAAUAUAGCUGCAUUAUUGGAGAUCAGAGGACCACAGCUGAAGUUAAUGUUAGGGCUGCUGCCUCUGUGUACUUUGAGAGAGAACUUGAAAGUCAAGAAGCAGUAGAGGGGGAUUCUGUCCUCUUUAGUUGUUUGCUCUCUAGCUCGAAUGCCCCAGUCACCUGGAGGAAAGAUGCAAAGCAGAUCACGCAGGGUGGCCGAUAUACCCUGCAUCAUAAAGGUUCCACUCAGGAGCUUGAAAUAAGGAAGCUGAGAGUGGAGGAUGCUGGUGUGUAUUCAUGCAGCGUCAGAGGUAAAAAGACCUCUGCAACCCUAAAGGUGAUAGAGCGUGUGAGGAUUGUGAAAGGUCUUCGGGACUUGACGGUUACUGCUGGCGAAAACGCUCAUUUUGUAUGUGAGCUGUCACACGAGAACAUCCUGGAUGGGGUUUGGUGGCUCGGUUCCACCGUGCUGCAGGAGAACGAGAUGAAUCAGAUGAGUAUCCGUGGCCGAGAACACCACCUGGUGCUCACCAUGACCACACCUGAGGAGACUGGGGUUGUGUCCUUUGUGGUGGGAAAUGAACAGACGUCUGCUCGUCUGAGGGUGAACAGCAAACCACAAGUGUUUAUAGAGGAAAAACUGAAAGACAUGAUGAUUUUCGAGGGUGAUUCUGCCACUUUAACCUGUGUGACGUCUGACUCCCGCACACCUGUCACCUGGAAACGGAAUAAUGUGACCCUGCUACCUGGAGAAAAGUAUGAACCUUUAAAAGAAGGAAAAUGCAAUCAUCUUCUAAUUCAUGGGGUGAGAAAAGAGGAUGCUGGGGUGUACAUUUGUGACACAGGAGACAUGCAGAGCAGUGCUACGCUAACAGUCAAAGAACGACCUUUGUUUUUCCGCGGAGAGCUUCAAAACCAAGAAGCGGAAGAGGGCGAGACAGCGUUCUUAAGAUGUGAGCUAUCUCAACCUGGAGUGCCGGUUGAGUGGAAGAAAGGAGCCGUUCUGCUUCAGCCGGCAAACAAAUAUGAGAUGAAGCAGGAUGGAUGUGAGCUACAGCUACAGAUCAAUGAUGUCACAAGUAAGGACAGCGGAGCCUACCGGUGUUGUGCUCAUGGCAUUGAGACCAGGGCCAGCAUCACUGUUAAAGAGCGUCCUUUGUUUUUUCGUGAGGAACUCCAAAAUCAAGAAGUGGAGGAAGGUGAAACAGCAUUCUUGUGCUGUGAGCUCUCUAAACCUGGAGUGGCAGUACAGUGGAAGAAGGGGGCGAUGGUGCUGAGGAAUGGGAGGAAGUAUAAGAUGAUGCAAGAGGGCACUGAGCUCCAGCUUCAGAUCCAUGACCUCACGAAUGAAGACAGUGGCUUCUACAGGUGCUGUGUUGGAAGCCUGGAAACACGUGCUAAUGUUUUAGUGAAAGAGCAACCUCUUUUCUUCUGUGAAGACCUCCAUAACCAGGAGGCAGAAGAAGGUGAAACGGCCUUCCUGUGCUGUGAGCUCUCCAAACCUGGAGUUGAGGUGCAGUGGAAGAAGGGAGCGAUAAGACUGAGACCAGGAAACAAAUAUGUGAUGAAACAAGAUGGAUGCAAAGUACAGCUUCAGAUCCAUGACCUGACAAGUCAAGAUAGCGGAACAUACAAGUGCUGCUGUGGAAGUCUGGUUACUACGGCAUCCAUUGUAGUCAAAGAGCAACCUUUGUACUUCUGCAAGAAACUUGAAUAUCAAGAAGCAGAAGAAGGGGAAACCACUGUCUUUUGCUGCGAGCUCUCAAAACCAGCAUCAGCUGUACAGUGGAAGAAAGGAGCAGUGCUGCUGAAGUCUGGAAGGAAAUAUGAAAUACAGCAGAACGGUGGAGAACUGCAGCUUCAGAUCCAUGAACUCACAGGUCAGGACAGCGGUGUCUACACAUGCUGCGUUGGUGCUCUGGUGACCUCAGCGUCUCUGGAAGUGAAAGAACAACCUCUUUAUUUCUCGGAGGAACUUCAAACUCAAGAAGUAGAAGAAGGUGAGACUGCCAUCCUGAGAUGUGAGCUCUCCAAAACUGCCAUUGCCGUGCUGUGGAAGAAAGGAACAUUGUUGCUUAGACCAGGAAACAAAUAUGAGAUGAAGCAAGAUGGCUGUAAAUUAUCACUUCUGAUACGUGAUGCAAACAGUCAAGACAGCGGCUCCUACAAAUGUUGUGCUGGUACAUUGCUGACCACAGCAUCUCUUGAGGUGAAGGAACCACCCAUUGUCUUCAUAGAGGAGCUUCAAAGCCAGGAGAUAAAGGAAGGUGAGGCGGUUACUCUGACCUGUGAGCUCUCAAAACCUGGAGUUUCUGUUCAGUGGAAGAAGGGAACAGUGCUUCUCAAACAAGGAAGAAAGUAUGACAUGAUUCAGAAGGGCUGUCUACUACAACUUCGUAUACGUGACCUGGAAAGUGAAGAUACUGGCUCCUAUAAAUGUUGUGCGGGUUGUUUGAUGACGACUGCUUCUCUUGUAGUAAAAGAGCAACCUUUAUUCUUCUGCAAGAACAUUCAAAGUCUCGAAGCCGAAGAAGGCGACAUGGCCUUCUUUAGCUGCGAGCUCUCAAAACCUGAAGUUGCUGUGCAGUGGAAGAAAGGAGCAGUGCUGCUGAAGUCUGGAAGGAAAUAUGAAAUACAGCAGAACGGUGGAGAACUGCAGCUUCAGAUCCAUGAACUCACAGGUCAGGACAGCGGUGUCUACACAUGCUGCGUUGGUGCUCUGGUGACCUCAGCGUCUCUGGAAGUGAAAGAACAACCUCUUUAUUUCUCGGAGGAACUUCAAACUCAAGAAGUAGAAGAAGGUGAGACUGCCAUCCUGAGAUGUGAGCUCUCCAAAACUGCCAUUGCCGUGCUGUGGAAGAAAGGAACAUUGUUGCUUAGACCAGGAAACAAAUAUGAGAUGAAGCAAGAUGGCUGUAAAUUAUCACUUCUGAUACGUGAUGCAAACAGUCAAGACAGCGGCUCCUACAAAUGUUGUGCUGGUACAUUGCUGACCACAGCAUCUCUUGAGGUGAAGGAACCACCCAUUGUCUUCAUAGAGGAGCUUCAAAGCCAGGAGAUAAAGGAAGGUGAGGCGGUUACUCUGACCUGUGAGCUCUCAAAACCUGGAGUUUCUGUUCAGUGGAAGAAGGGAACAGUGCUUCUCAAACAAGGAAGAAAGUAUGACAUGAUUCAGAAGGGCUGUCUACUACAACUUCAUAUACGUGACCUGAAAAGUGAAGAUACUGGCUCCUAUAAAUGUUGUGCGGGUUGUUUGAUGACGACUGCUUCUCUUGUAGUAAAAGAGCAACCUUUAUUCUUCUGCAAGAACAUUCAAAGUCUCGAAGCCGAAGAAGGCGACACGGCCUUCUUUAGCUGCGAGCUCUCAAAACCUGAAGUUGCUGUGCAGUGGAAGAAAGGAACAGAGUUACUGUUUCCAGGACAGAAGUAUGAGAUGAAACAAGAUGGCUGUCUUCAACAACUUCAGAUACAUGACCUGAAAGGUAUAGAUUCUGGCUCAUAUAAGUGCUGCGCAGGUAGCCUGGUGACAACUGCUUCUCUUCUGGUGAAGGAGGAGCCUUUGUUCUUCUCAAAGGAGCUCCAAAACCAAGACACAGAGGAGGGUAAAACAGCCGUGUUGUCUUGUGUGCUCUCAAAACCUGAAACAGCUGUGCUGUGGAAGAAAGGAACGAUUGUUUUAAAGCCUGGCAAGAAGUAUGAGAUAAAGCAAAAUGGCUGUCAACUACAGCUUCAUAUCUAUGAACUGACAACACAAGACAGUGGGGUCUACAAAUGUUGCGCUGGAAGUCUGGUGACUACUGGCUCCGUUACAGUGAAAGAGCCACCUUUAUUCUUCUGUAAGAACCUUCUAAACCUUGAAGCAGAAGAAGGCAAGACAGCCAUCCUGACCUGCGAGCUCUCAAAAUCUGGAAUAACUGUACAGUGGAAGAAAGGAACGUUGCUGUUAAAACCAGGAAACAAGUACGAGAUGAAACAGGAUGGCUCUCUGCUACAACUCCAGAUACAUGAUUUGAAAAGUCAAGAUAGUGGCUCUUAUAAAUGUUGUGCAGGAAACCUUGUGACGACCACUUCUCUUGCGGUCAAGGAGCAACCCUUGGUCUUCUCUGAGGAGCUCCAAAACCAAGAAGCAGAGGAGGGUAAGACAGCCGUGUUGUGUUGCGAGCUCUCUAAACCUGUAACGUCUGUGCAGUGGAAGAAAGGAACAGUGAUUCUGAAGCCUGGUAAAAAGUAUGAGAUGAAACAAAACGGCUGUCAACUACAGCUUCACAUUCACGAGGUGACAACACAGGAUAGUGGGGUUUACAAAUGUUGUGCUGGAAGCCUGGUGACUACCGGCUCUGUUACGGUGAAAGAGCAACCUUUAUUCUUCUGCAAGAAUCUUCAAAGACUUGAAGCAAAAGAAGGUGAGACAGCCUUCUUGAGCUGUGAGCUUUCAGAACCUGGAGUCGCCGUUCAGUGGAAAAAAGGAAUGGUGUUGAUUAACACAGGAAACAAGUACAAGAUUAAACAAGAUGGCUGUCUACAACAACUCGAGAUACAUGACCUCAAAAGUCAAGAUUCUGGCACGUAUAAGUGCUGCGUGGGUAACCUAGUGACAACUGCUUCUCUUGUAGUAAAAGAACAGCCUUUGUUUUUCUCUGAGGAGCUCCAAAACCAAGAAGCAGAGGAGGGUAAGACAACCGUAUUGUGUUGUGAACUCUCUAAACCUGAAACGUCUGUGCAAUGGAAGAAAGGAGCGAUGCUUUUGAAGCCUGGUAAAAAGUAUGAGAUAAAGCAAAAUGGCUGUCAACUACAGCUUCACAUUCAUGAGUUAACAACACAGGACAGUGGGGUCUACAAAUGUUGCUUUGGAAGUCUGGUGACUACUGGAUCCAUUAGGGUGAAAGAGCAACCAUUAUUCUUCUCUAAGAACCUUCAAGAUCUUGAAGCAAAAGAAGGUGAGACGGCCUUCUUGAGCUGUGAGCUCUCAAAACCUGGAGUUGCCGUGCAGUGGAAGAAGGGAACGAUGUUGUUAAAGUCUGGAAGCAAGUAUGAGAUGACACAGAAUGGCUUAGAAAUGCACCUUCAAAUCCAUGAUCUGAAAUGUCAGGAUAGUGGUGUCUAUAAAUGUUGUGUUGGUAGGAUGGAGACAACAGCUUCUGUUGUUAUAAAAGAAGCUCCAACUAGAACAAAAGAAAUCCCUCAAGCCCCACCAAGAUCAAAAGUUAAAAAUGCUCAGCCGAGUAUUAUUGUGGAAGAACCACAUGGUCUAACACCAAACAAACAGGCUGUGGUCAUUGAAGCAUCAGACAACUGUACUGUAGAGCCAUCAGAAGUUAAAUUUCAAGAUCUCUUUGAGAACAAAGAGGAUGAACAGGAGGCCAAGGGAAAAUCAUUGCUCAAACAAAAAGGAAAAGAAGUCUGUCCCAAUAUUUCCAGGGUUAUAAAUGAGAUUAGUCACACUAAAGAAGAAAUACCUGAAAUUCCUUCACCUGCAACCUACAAAACAGAAGAACCAAGAAAAAAAGACGUGGACACGGAUUCAAAAGAAUUUGAAGCUGAGAUUGCUCUGGACAGUUGCAAUAAAGAGAUUUCAGGACAGGUUCUGAAGAAGACUUCAAGCAUAGAUACAAAUGAAGACAAAAGCGAUGAACUACAUGGAGAUCUUCCCCAUCCUCCACCCCGCUCUAGGGGUAAACCCACACAGCCCAAUCUUUCACAUCCAGACCACCAUAAUGUUUCGGAAGAAAAGAACCAGAAUGUUAUCAGACAGCCUAGUUUGGAUGUUAAACCAGAUGUGGUCAAGAAGCUAACUGUGGGGUUCACAAAGGCACCAGAGAAUGUUGUCCCAACGCCAUCUCUCCCCAAAGAGAAGGUCUCCAAACCUGCUAUUGAAUCCAAAGGACAACCCUUUGUCUUAGAAUCAACGAACCAGGGUAUGAAACUAAAGCAAAUUGCAGAUUUUACUUUGAAGAUAUCAGAAAAUAAUGAUCUCGUUCCACCUCCAUCCAAAGAGAAAGCUACUCGACAAAAUGAUGCAUUUGAAGGACAACCAUGUGCAUUGGACGAAAAGAAUCAACAAAUGAUUUUACAAUCAACUGAAAAGAGUGAAUCAAUAAAAGAAAGUAUGUCCACAGAGCACGAUUCUAAACCCUUAGAGGAUGAUGAAAUUCACUUCCAUGACAAUAAAGAGGAUGAAAAUGUCACACAUGAGAAACUUAAGGUCCGUUCUGAAACGGCUUCAGAAUUAAAUAAGGUUCAACACAUAGAUGAACAUCAAGUAAAGGUGGCAAAACACGGUAAAGAAAAAGCACCAAGUCUUACUCCUGCCAGCCAGAAACUUAAAGAACAAAUAAUUCCUGUAGAGAAAGGGAAAACAAUGCCCUUCUGGGAAGCGCAUAAAGAGCCACAAGACGUUAAGAUCCCCUUAGAUGAGAAAAACAUUAAGCAGGUUGAACCGGAAAAAGACGCGGGAUCUACAACUCAGCCACAGGAGAUAACGGCACAGAAGAUGACAAAAAAUCCUCAAAGUGUGGAAGCCAACAAACAGGCGAGUUCUCAGGUAGAACAAGAUGCUAAAGACAUCGAGUUUGAUGAUGAGCCUGAGAUGCUUGAAGCUGCCAUUAAGAUACAAGCUGCUUUCAAAGGCUACAAAACCAGAAAAGACAUGCGUCCUGCCUUCAAGGAAGUCUUUAAAAACCAGAAUGUUGAACCUGGUGGCACUGCGUUGCUUGAGUGUGUUGUGGAUGGUAAAAUUAGCUCUGUGAGCUGGUUAAAAGAUGGAGUAGAUCUCAAACCGGGGAAAAGUAUUAAAAUCGGUCGUAAUGAGGACGGCCGAUGUCUUCUAACAGUUUCCAGCGUGACACCCAAAGAUGCUGGAAUCUAUACGUGCAUAGUUGCACACAAGUUUGGAAAGAUUAGUUAUAAUGGGAAUGUGACAGUGGGUAAACCGCAAAAGCCACCUGAGAGCGUUCAAAUCUCACAGAAGCCAGGUACCGAAAUUGUCGUUGGGAAAGAGGCUCAGCAGACCUUAAAUCAAGAGAAGACAUUGAGACUCGCCUAUGAUCUGCCAGCGGAUGACACCUACAGUAAAAUCCAAGAGAAAAGGAGAAGUCUCGUUUCGGUCAGCUCUGUAUCAUGUCACUCGGAUUAUGACACAGCUCCUGAUGCUGAGACAGAAUAUUUAUCUUGGGGAAAAGAGGCAGAGAAGUCCAAAUCAGAUGCUCCAACUGAAGUACAAAAAAGUGUUAGUGUAACACCACCAAAGACUUCAGGUCAACUGAAAGUUAAAGGUUCCAGCCCAAAGAGUCAAAUGCCUUCUCCUAAACGCACCUCUUCUAAUAUAGAGUCAUUCUCUGAGUCAGAUGAAGACGAAGAGAGAGGAGAGACAUUUGAUGUGUAUGUAGCUAAAACGGACUGCCAUCCUGUGGGAGGAAACAAGGAGCCGUUUGUACUUAAGGAAGGUCAGUUUGUGGAGGUCCUGGACUUUGCCCAUCCUGUGAGGUGGCUCGUACGUACAAAGCCAACUAAGAUGACACCGUCCCGUCAGGGGUGGGUAUCCCCUGCAUACCUGGAGAAGAAGACAAAGGAAAUCUUUUCAUUGGCUCUUGAAGAAGACACAAGAGAUUCCUCUGAGAAAGGCAGGAAGAUAUGCACAAAGGACGAGCACAGUUUAGUUCAAGGUCAGCUGAUCAGGGGACUUCUUAACGGCGAGAGUGAUUUUUUGCGAGAGAUUAACUUCUUUGUGGAGCACCAUUUGGAGUACCUAGAGACGAGCUCUCAAGUUCCUCUUACCAUCCUCAGUCAAAAAGAGUACAUAUUCCGCAACAUCCGGGAAAUUGCAAGCUUCCAUGAGUGCUGUAUCUUCCCCAAGCUGGAGAUGUGCUUUACAGAUGAUGAUGUCGCCCACUGUUUUGUGAGCUACGCUACAGACUUUGAGAUGUACCUCCAGUACAUCACAGGUCUGCCCCAGGCUGAGGCCUGUGUCUCAGACAAAAACACACAGUAUUUCUUUAAGCAAUAUGCAAACACAGAGUUGGCACAUCUGCAUACCCAGGUCCUCAGUGUUAACACCUAUCUGCAGAGACCUCUAGAAAGAAUUCAAACAUACAAGACUGUACUUAAGGAGCUAAUCAGAAACAAAGCGAAGAAUGGACAGAGCUGUUGUCUCCUGGAAGAUGCCUUUGCCAUGGUUUCCAGCUUGUCCUGGCGUGCGGAGAACUUGCAUCACCUGUCCAUGAUCGAGAAUUACCCAGCACCUCUCAAGGGGCUUGGAGAACCCAUUAGACAGGGCCACUUUACAGUAUGGGAGGAACUUCCCGGAGUCAAAAGCUCUCAGAGAGGACAUCACCGCCACGUCUUCCUCUUUAAAGACUGUAUUGUCUUCUGUAAGCCGAGGAGAGAACUAAGCACGUACACUGAGGCCUACGUAUUCAAGAAUAAAAUGAAGUUGUGUGACAUUGAUGUAAAGGAUACAGUGGAAGGUGACGACAGGGCUUUUGGUAUGUGGCAUGAGCAUCGUGGAAUGGUGAGGAAGAUCGUUCUGCAGGCCCGAUCCGUCCUCAUCCGCCUCUCCUGGCUCAAAGAUUUGCGGGACCUGCAGCUGCGCAGCAAACCGCCUGCUUGGAGUGCUCCUUGUUUUGAGCAGCAUCUUAUCAACUUCUCGGCAAGGUUUGGACAAACUGUAAAACUUGCCUGCAAGAUUACCGGUACACCAAAACCAAGAAUAAAGUGGUUUAAAGAUGGUCGUGCCGUGAAGGAUGACCAGCAUCACAUUACUUCAGAAGGACAGUUGGGCGCCUGUUAUCUUGUGCUGACUGGGGUCACAGUUGACGAUUCGGGUCAAUACAUGUGUUACGCAACCAGUCCCGCAGGCAAUGCCAGCAGCCUGGCUAACGUCAUGAUUGAUGUUCCUCCAAGUUUCACAGCUCGGCUACAAAACUCUGUGCUUCUAAAAGGCCAAGACAUGCAGUUCAAGUGCUCCACAAAAUUUUCUCCUUUCCCAUCAGUGAGGUGGUUUAAGGACGGCGUUGAGCUCAAGAAUAGCAGGAAGUAUCAGAUUCAAUCUGACGUGCAAACAGGAAGUCUUACACUCACCGUAAAGACAGCUGAAGAGACGGAUCUCGGUCAAUACCAGUGUGAGAUACUGAAUGAAGUGGGCAGUGCCAAGUGUAAAGCUGAGCUCUGCUCUCCAGCGCCUUCAGCUUUGCCAGUCAACACCGAAAACCAAUCACAAACCUCCCCAUCUCAAGAGCCCCAGUCAGAAGGUUGGUCCAGUUCCUUUGUAAAGAACCUGUUCAGUAUAUUCUUUCAGCCUGUAUAUCCUGAACCACCUGCCGCUGACAUUGGAGAAACACACAGCGUUGAACGAGAGAAUGUUGCUGAUAGGCAGAUACAGACUGCACAGGAAGAGAGACUCGUGGACUCUGCGGAAAUGCUCGUCUGCUCAGAAACCGAGGAAGAGAUGCUUGUGAUGACAGAAGCCCCUGCUGUACAGGUUCCCAUAGAAGACUUGACUGUCCGGCCGGGUCAGGUGGCCAUAUUCUCUGCCAUUAUUACAGGCCAGCCCAUUCCUGAGGUUCAGUGGUUUAAGGAUGGCCAGGAAAUUUUAGCCAACGAGCAAACAGAAAUAAUGCACAGUGGUGCACGUUGCUCUCUCACGUUGCUGGACGCUUGCACAGAGGAUUGUGGGACAUACACCUGCAUAGCCGGCAACAGUGUUGGUCAGACCUCUUGCCACUCCAAACUCACUGUUGACGCAGGUCCUGAGGACAUUGAGGAUGAGGGAGAGGUGGAGUUUACAAAAAGAAGAAAACUGCAUUCCGUAUAUGAUGUCUGUGAGGAAAUAGGAAGGGGCACCUUUGGGGUGGUUAAAAAAGUCAUACACAGGGCGAGUGGUGAGUGCUUCGCUGCAAAGUUCCUUCCGCUCAGAAGCAACACCAGGACUAGAGCGUUUCAAGAGAGAGAUCUACUGUCUCGUCUGGCUCACCGCAGACUCGCAUGUCUCCUUGAUUUCUUCUCCACAAGACGCACUCUGGUGUUGGUUAUAGAAUUAUGUUCUUCGCAAGGGUUAUUAGACCAUUUGUAUUUAAAAGGAUUGGUUACAGAGAGGGAGGUCCAGUUAUAUAUUCAGCAGAUUCUGGAGGGCAUUGGGUGCAUACACAGUAUGAACAUCUUGCAUCUGGAUAUCAAAACGGACAAUAUUCUAAUGGUCUCCCCAGAGAGAGAAGACAUCAAAAUCUGUGACUUUGGCUUCUGUCAGGAGAUUGACAGUUCCAGACAUCAGUACAGCAAGUUUGGAACACCUGAAUUUGUUGCUCCAGAAAUUGUCCACCAGGAACCUGUUACAGUAGAAACGGAUAUCUGGUCUGUUGGUGUUGUUGCUUACUUAUGCUUAACGUGCCACUGCCCUUUCUUUGGAGAGAACGACCGUGACACACUGAUGAAGGUAGCCGAGGGCGUGCUGUUCUGGGAUGCACCUGAGAUCAAGAGCAGAAGCGUGGAGGCACAUGACUUUCUACACAGAGUUCUACAGCCAGACCCAGAAAGGAGGCCGAAUGCAUCCGAGUGUCUGGGUCAUGAGUGGUUUCAGGGUCAUUAUGAAGAUGAGGAGACUGAGGACAUUAAUAUGAAACAUUUAAAGUCUUUUAUUUCAAGAAGAAAAUGGCAGCGUUCUUUGACAUGUCUCGGCUCUGUGCUGACGUUGAGACCGAUCCCAGACCUGUUGGAAGCCCCUAUGCGUGAGGUUUCCAUUACGGCCACGAGGGAGACCCAGGAGCCCAGCAGCACUUCCUUAAGCAGCGGGUCCUCUUCAGAGUACGAUGAUGCAGAUGCCUGGGACUUCUUCCAGCAGGCCAGCCAAGAAGAUGAAGAUGAUUUGGAGGAAGAGGAUGAAUUUGACCCAUAUGCCCAUCUGUCAAAAAGGCCUGCGUCUCAAGAACAAGAUGAGGAAGAGUUGCUUAUCGAUGAGAAGAACAUUCAAAGAGGCCCACUGGUAAUUCCCAUGAGCUCACUGACAAAAGUGCUCACGCCAGAGCCAAUCGGUUUGGAGCGGAGGGACAGCAGUCCCCCUCUGUACAUUUCCGAGGGAGAAGAGGGGUUGGCUGGUGGGACUCCCAUACCACGCCUUAGCCUCAUCAAGAGCAACUUCUACUGCAGCUCUGAGCAGCUCUCUCCCAUUUCUGCUCGCCACAUGAUGCUUCGGGAUAAAAUCCAAGCCAAAAAGCAGGAGCGUGGCCGUAAGCCUCUCCGCGCCAGCCUCUCUGGCAGGUUAAAUGAGCCGCUUAUAGAGUAUGUGGAAGAUUCUCCAGAUUUGGAAGCGAAGAGAAAAGCAUCAAUGCAUUCAUCUAUGCUUAAGUCGAGCUCAUUUGAUAGCGGCGUGAGCGUUGCCCAUCCAAACAUACGCAUGCAAAGAAGAAGCAGGUCAUUAGAUGUGUACACACAACGCUCUUCAGGCCUGACCGAGCAGGGGUCACGAGGAGAGGAUGAGCGAGAUGUCGAAGUUGGCCAAAAAUCAGAUCUCACCGAUGAAGAAGAAAAAACUCAAGACGUAGAAGUGAGAAGGAAACUUCGCAAUCGUUCACCGGUUUCUCCAAGAAAGCGCCCAGUGAUUAAAGCGAGAACGCAAAUCCAAGAGCCGUUUGAAGGGUCAUGUGUGAUUGACAGCCAAUCACAGAUUAUGCAAAAAGAAGCAAAAAAUUUGGAUGAUGAAGAGAGCACGGCUGGAUCGCAGCUCUCGCUAGCAGAGUCACGCUCGCCUGAACGUGGCUCAAAGGCCUCUAGCCGGCUAGGCUCAUAUGAAGAACUAUCAUCCUGUUUCCACCCUGUCACCCACAGGCAACAUGAUGAGACUGUGAUGGUUGGAUCAUCCGGAAAGACCUCACAAUGUUCUCUCCUGCAGGACUCUGAGGACGAAGACAUGGAAAAGGUUCUGAGAUCUCUCCGCCAAGACCUCCCACAAGCCCCACCUCGACACCGCACUCAAAGUUCAAGCUCUGGAAUAAAUAACACACGAACUACUAAAAGCAUCAUCCCUCUGAGAAGAAGCUCCUCGGCGGUUCCUGUCCAGACUGCAACAGCGGACAGAGGAAACAAAGAGGUGCUUCAAAGGCACGCCUCCGCCCCAGCUCUACAAGCCAGACCACCUAGCGCAAAAUCUUCUAAGGCUGGAUUUAUGAAGAUCUUUCGCAAGCACUCGUGGGCUAGCCAUUCUUCUCCUCAGUUGGAGGGCUCUGAAAGGAAACAAGAAGAUGGAGCAACCUCAAAGCCCAGGACCCCUCUACUGACCCUGAGAAAGAAGAUGGGAGCAUCAGCGUCCAGCCUUACAAAACUGUUCACUCGACAGUCCAGCAAAGAGGACGCAGAGAGGAAGAAAGCGCCGAUUGUGAAGAACACCUCUGCUGGAAAGCAAGAGAAAUCGACAACAGCCGCCACACCACCCGGAAGUCCUCAGAAAAAGUCUAAAUUGUUCAGUCUAAAAGUGCCACUGUUUAAGAAAUCCAAAGAAAGUCCAAUUAAACCAUCUAGGCCAGAUGUCAUUCAGCUUGCAGGGGGUGGAGCUCUUGUGUUCUGGAAACCAGUGCCAUCCAAUGAGCUCAUCACAUACUGUAUUCAAUAUAGCACAAAUGCUGUGGAGUGGAGGAACUUGUCUGAGAAUGUUACAGACAGCUGUUAUACAGCUAAUGCCCUUCCGAGAGGACCUGGAUAUAUGUUCAGGGUGUCCUAUACCACCAAGACAGGGUUGGCUCCUUUCAGUGAUCCUUCGCCCUCUGCGUUUAUGGCCACCCCUCAUGAAGACUCUCACAUUCCUCUCAUUCAGGUGGGAUCUAUAGGGUCAAAGAUCAUUGUACCCGGAGGUCUCGGCACUGAAAAGUCUUACAGCUUCUUGUCAGAAAUUAACAGAGGCCGUUUUAGUGUGGUAACUCAGUGUGAGGAUAGCCGUAGUUCCCAGAUGUUGGCGGCUAAAAUGACGGCAUACAGACCAGAGCAGAGGCAGCUGGUUUUGAGAGAAUAUCAACUGCUUCGCCGACUGAGCCACCCUCACCUCGUACAGCUUCAGUCGGCCAUUCUUACCCCCACAUGCCUGGUGCUUAUAGAGGAACUGUGUCCAGGACGAGAGCUUCUUUAUAACCUUUCUGAAAGGGAUCUAUAUGCAGAAAUGCAUGUGACUGACCUGCUAGAGCAGAUUCUGAGUGCUGUGGAUUAUCUGCACAGUCGUCGUAUCGUUCACCUGGAUCUUAAGUCAGACAACAUGCUGGUGACUGGACGAAAAGUGAAGAUUGUGGAUUUGGGUUCCGCACAAACAUUUACUCCAGGACAAGUGCUGAAUAUUGAGCACAUAAAGGAAAUGUCAGAUAACAAAGGGUAUAUUGUUCUUCCUAAAGCACCUGAGAUCUUGGAAGGACAAGGAGUUGGACCGGAGACUGAUAUCUGGGCUGUUGGUGUUUUGGCUUUUAUCAUGUUGAGUGCGGACAGUCCCUUUCAUGCUGAUUUAAAGUGGGAGAGGGAUCGGAACAUUAAAAAAGGCAAGAUCCAGUUUGGCCGCUGUUAUCCAGGCCUCUCAGAGGGAGCCAUCAACUUCAUGAAGAACACGAUGAGCAACAAAGCCUGGGCAAGACCAACAGCAGCAGAGUGCCUCCAAAACCCCUGGAUACACGGAGAGCGUCUGUCCUCCAAACAUGGCACAUCUGUGGUCUGUUUCUCAACAGACAAGCUGCAGGCCUAUCUCAGGGAAAGAGAGGUCAAGCGAGACCACGUCCGAACAAAGUUUAAACCAGCCCUGUUAUAAUGCAGAUGAAUGUUAAGAAGCUAUUCGGGGGCUUUAAACUAUUUGGUGUGAAACUGAGAAAAUGCUUUUUGUAGGUUUUAAAAGCACAGUGGAUGUUAUUUUUGUGCUGCUACCCUUAGGAGAAUUACAGUGGUUUUAUUGGUGUAUUGAAAAAUGUUAUGAUGAACAUUGCUUUGCUUUACAAAUAUUUAUUAAUCAUUUCUUAAAAUAUAACAUAUUGCAAUUUUCAUGAUGUAGUUGGACAGCACGUAUGACUAUGCUUCAAAUAUUUAUUUGUAAAGAUUCAAAUAGUGACAUUAACAACAAUGUUUUACAAUAGUAUGUGACUAUAUAAAGUAGUUGGUAGUGUGGCUCUUUGGGAUGUGACAUUUGUCACAUUUAUUUCUGUUCAGUUUGAUAGAUGUGUUUAACUGAAAUUACUUAAGAGACAGGCGAAUAAUUUUAUGAUCUUAAAAGAAGUCCAUCAUCUCUCAUAUCUACAGUAUCUGAUGUUUGUGAUGAGACACUAUAGAAAAAUAUACCAAGCCAGCAACUACUGUUAUUGUAGAACUGUAAAUCUUUUUUCUUCCUGUGUUAAUAAAGUUUACCGCUG